UUUUUGCUGAGGAUCAUUUAGCGCGUUCUUGGGUGGAUGAUGAAUUUAUUGGUUUGCUUAUCAACGAGUUAAGCAUUGAAUUGGAUAAACUUUCGAGUGGUGGACAUCAGAAAGAUGACGAGUAUGGUCGGCAAUUUUCUUCACUUUUGCAUCUCUUCUGCCUAGUUUGGCAAAAUUUCCCUAAUCAGAAAAUUUACAAACGAGUAUCCAACGAUAGGACCUCAACUUGAAGAACGUUCAACAUUUUAUGUUUUGUUGAUCGAUAUUAAAUAAUUUUAUCAUAUGCUUUGAUUUAAUGCAUAUUUUUUGUUUUUUGAUAUGUUUUUUUCACAUAAAUAUGUUUGCAGAUGGUUGAAGUUCUGAUUUUCAUAUAUUUUUCUGAGUUUAAUUCUCAAGAAUAUCUUUUGAAUUUUUUAGUAGAUUUUGUUUAAUUUAACCUUAAUUUUUUUCUAGUUUUUAUGAUUUCUUUGGUUAGGACAGAUUUGCAAGUUUUCUGUAGAAUCGGCGCGAAUUCUUUGUCAAUUUGUGGGCGUCGCUAUGUAAAUUCUAAAUUAUUGCUCAAUUCAAAUUUAAAACCGACAACAAUAUUUCGAUUAUAUUCUAAUAAAAAUGAAGUUAAAACAACCAAGAACAUAACAAAAGAAAUUGCUGAGCCGGAGCGUAGUUAUCUUGAAGACAUUUUGGACGAAAGUGAGGAAAAGCCUAAAUCGACUGGACAAAAAGGUUGUUUUGAUUAUUUGGGUGAGGGGAACUCAAGGAAAACACAAACCAAGGAACGACAAAUCAAGGAACGACCAACUCACGUGCCAUACCAACAAAAGGAACAGACAAAAGCAGCAGAGACUUCUUUUUAUGUUAGUGCUGGACUUGCUUCUUGUGCGGUGCUUGGUGGUUUAGUAUAUUUGCUCGUGAAGGAGUUAGUCUCGUUCAGCUCACCAAACGGUGUUUAUAGGGAUGCAUUUAAACGGGUAAAAAAGGAUGAUAGAUGUUUUGAAUUGUUUGGAGAGGGACUGCGGGCGCAUGGCGAAACAUCAGGUAGAGGACGAAGGCGACACAUUGCCAACCAACGAUUUGAAAAGGAUGGGCAACAAAGACUGCGAAUAAUGUUCCAUUUAAAGGGAGACAAGGCAAACGGAAAAGUUCACGCGGAAGUAGCUAAUAUAGACGGCAAAUGGGAUUAUAGGUUUUUAAUUGUUGAAUGUGAAGACCAGCGACCACAUACUAUUUGCCUUCUAUGGACUCUAAUUUAUUCAACAACGUUAUUUAUUUAUUUUGCCUUCAUCAGACUAAAUACUUGGCCAAAACAACAAUCUUAUCAUCAUAGAAAAAUUGUUCCGGAUUACAACUGUACUUGCAACAAAAAUAUUAUUAAAAAAUCAGCAUUUAAUAUCUUACCAAGGUUUUUAAAUUUUUCUUCAUUUUCUCCAAAUAAUACAACUCAACGAAUAUUAUUUCUAUCUGAUUCAAUCAAAAAAUCGGAAAUUUUCAACUUUUUUGCUCAAUUUAAAGUGCCCGUUAGACUAGAGCAACACUUACCAGGCGAUAUUUUGCUUUUGGAAUUGAAUGGAAAUCCAAGAUUUUCUCUUAUAGUGUUUGAGAAUUUCUUGACAUUUUAUAGUCUUUCAAGCGAACAAAAAGAAGCGUUGAACAAUUUUUGUAAAAAAUAUUCUGUUGGCAUCAUUUCAUUUUUUGAAUUUGACAUUGGAAAAAGAACCCGCAAAAAUUUUGGUGAAUUUGAGGCUUUUGGUGGAUUACAAGUCAAAACAGUUUCAUUUUCUUCUAAUUCUCCCGUCAGAAAAAUAGGCAAAGAUGGAUGUGAAUAUUUUUUUUCUGAAACGGAACAAACUGAAUGGACACUUUUUAAGGAAGUAUUGCCUAAUUUAAUACCUUUAUUGGAAGCAACAACGUCAGAGGGAGAAAUUUUUUAUCCCUCUUUUGUUUUUAAUGAGGGUAUGCAUGCUAUAUUUGGAGCAAAACUUGACCAUUGGAUUGUCUAUAUUGCCUUAUUGGAUACAAUUAAUUAUUUUGCUUCUAAUAUUUAUUCAGAAGAUUUGGAAAGGUUUAUUCAGAUCGAUAUUGACGACGUUUUUGUUGGUGCAAGCGGGUCUUUGUUUACUGCUAAUGAUAUUAGAGCGCUUAUUAAUCUCCAAGAAGAGUUAAGAGAUUCGAUUGACAACUUUACCUUUUCGCUUGGAUUUUCUGGUUAUUUUUUCCGUCAUGGAUCUGAUGCUGAAGUUGAGGGAAAUGACUUUCUUGUUGCAAACGCAAAAUAUUUUAACUGGUUCCCUCAUAUGUGGAGGCACAAUCAUGCUCAUGAACAUUCUUUUGAUUAUUUGAUUGCAUUAAUGGCACAAAAUAAUUUUUUUGCGGAAAACUAUGGAAUUCCUACAAAAUUAUCUUAUGCUAUAGCACCGAUACAUUCAGGGGUUUAUCCUGUUUAUCAGCCACUUUUUGAUGGUUGGAAAAAAAUUUGGAAUAUUAGUGUUACUUCUACUGAAGAAUACCCACAUUAUUCGCCCUCUUCUCAACGUCGCGGUUUUAUCUAUGAAAAUAUUAGCGUUUUACCACGACAAACCUGCGGUCUUUUUACUCAUACACAUUAUUUUCAUGCUUAUCCUGGAGGAAUAAACAAUUUUUUAAAUGGCAUUUAUGGGGGCGUUGUUUUCAAAACUUUACUGCUAAAUAAAUUUUCAAUUUUUAUGACUCAUCAACAAAAUUUUGCUAAUGACAGACUUGGAUCUUUUACUUUUUUAAAUUUAAUAAAAUUUGUACAAUGUUGGACAAAUUUGAAAUUGAAAUGGAUUGAACCUGUUGAAAUGGCUAAACGUUAUUUUGAGAAAUUUAAAAGCGAAGAGGCUUUGUUAUACACGAAUUUCUGUACCGACAAACGCCACAUUCGAAUGCUCCCAGUGACUACAUCUUGUGAUAAAUUUCAACACCUUCCCAAUUUAAUAAUUUUGGGCCCACAAAAGACGGGUACAACAGCUUUGUCAAUGUUUUUACAAAUUCACCCAAAUAUUUCAACAAAUUUACCAAUUCCUGAUUAUUUUGAAGAACUCCAAUUCUUUGCAGGUCCAAAUUAUAAUAAGGGAAUUGAUUGGUAUGUAGAGAAUUUUAUUUUGAAUGAAUCGUCUUUGCCCUCAUUAAUUCGUUUUGAGAAGUCUGCAAAUUAUUUUGACAAUCCAAAAGCUCCAGCAGCCAUUUCAGCAUUAUUACCCAAUGCAAAAUUGAUUGUAGUCUUUAGUGAUCCUAUUAAAAGAGCUUAUUCUUGGUAUAAGCAUAUGCAAGCAAAAAAUGAUUCUGUUGCCCUUAAAUAUUCUGCCGAGGAAGUUCUUAUUGGAAAUUUUACUGAAACUGAUCAUUUAAAAAGAAGAUCUCUUUUACCCGGCCUUUAUGCUCAACAUCUUGAAAAUUGGUUUGACUUCUUUCCUCCUUCAAAUUUUUUGUUUGUUGACGGGGAUAAGCUUCGUAAUGAACCAUAUCUCGUCCUUCGCGAUUUAUUUAAUAAAUUAGAACUUCCAAUUGUGGACAAUUUAUCCAAUCGUUUAAAAUUUUCUAAAAAGAAAGGAUUUUAUUGCAUCGUUUUGGAUAAUAAAGCUUCAUUGCAUUGUCUUGGAAAAAGCAAAGGACGUCGUUACGAGCCAAUGUCUGAACGGCUGAAAAAUCAUUUGGAAGGAUUUUACUUUGAGCCGAAUGCAUCUUUAAAAGAAUUUUUAAAUAAAUAUAAAAUACCUUUGCCUUCUUUUUUGAUUAAUUAA